UGGAUUAUUUUAAUCAGCUGUGUAGUGCUAGGGCAAAAAACAAAACCUAGUUUGGGAAACGCUGAUCUAUAGGGUUGUGCUAGAGCUAUAGUGUUGAACUGCAGCUUUGACAUUGUUCCUGUAGAGAGCAGUAGACAUUUUGAUAAAACUCUCUUGGCUGCACACUGCACGCACCCAUACUGUAAAGGAGAGGGGCCUAUGUAGUAUUGCUGUUUUACGUUUCCCGGUCGUAGCAGCGGAACGAGAACGGUGCUAAAAUGUCCAUAGUGGGAAACCAGAGUAUACCAGAGCUCAUUUACGCCGUUUCUGAAAUAGUCCGCUCAACGCAGCGUGCUUAAGUUGGUUAACGUUGGUUAACGUUUCCCGUCUGAUAAAUUCUAAACUGCGUUGUUCGUUAAAUUCCUGACCAGGACAUACGUACGACUACCACCGGUAGACAGGGAAACUGGUUGGAUUUGACACUUGUAUCGGCCCGGGACUGCCAUGGAAAAGACACCUACUUUAUUCGUCUGCGGCAAUGUGCAGGCAGACUGAUCCACUGGAAAGCACCUUUUCGGGAGGUAGACAAGGACAGAGCGGUGAUGCACGUCUCAGAGGCUUUGAGACCCAGGGCUUGCCGAUCUAGUGGGUUGCUGCCAAAAACCAACACGGAAAGAGCCUGAAACAGUUUGCCUGGGUGGCAGCAUCACAUCUUCAGACCCAGGAAAAUGGCACGCCUGGGAGGCAGUCAAAACCAGAAAGCUGCAUGCUUGGGGGACAGUCACUUACAUUAAACAGCACAGCGGCAGGCCUGAAUGGUUUGGGGAACUUAAGAGGAGCGCGCUGCAUUAGGGGCUGAGAUGGACUAAUAAGGGAGCCUGGGUUGCAUCAUCGGCCAAUAAUAGCUCACCACGAGGAAAGGGCUGUAAGAAGAACAGUAAUACCCAGCAGAGCGCGGUGAUCAGAACAAUCCACAGUAUCUUUGAUGAAGGGCCAGGAGUUGAUCUACACUGCCUUGCUGGCAAAGACCUUACCUCCAGUCUCACCUCUUGCCCGCUCACCAACAGUCGUCGACGGGGGGACCAGAUUUAGCACAUCACGUGUUAAACCCUAGAACUGGGGGUGGGCUUGCCCCACGAUGUUCCACACAACCAUCUCCGGGGAACGGGUCACUGCUGCCAUCCAUCUAUGGCCGUCGUUUGACGGGGAAAAUUGCGAAUGCUGAGCAGGCUAGUGAGGUUGGGGCCCGCCCUCAGUCUCCGCUCUUUGGCUACUGGAUGGAAUUGAGGUGAAUGGAGCCCAUUUCCAACGUUGAGGACCCCAACUCAUCAGAGGGAGAUGUGAAACGGUACAAGGACCGCUACUUUGAUGCAGACAAACAGGGUUUACGUGAAAUGUUAGCCAGCUGGACAAGAUGGAAACGGACACAGUGCGCACCGAGGAAAAGAGGCCACGGACAGACAGAGCUGAAACUUCACUGCUUGACAUGAAUGAUGAAAUCCUGGUUGAGACUAAACAAUGAAACAGCACAGCAACUGGCCCAAUGGACCAAAAAGGAAGAGAAAGAACAGCACAUGUGCAUUGAAGAGCAUGUCUGCACUGAGCCUUUCUGUCCCAGGAUACAUCCCCAGCUACUUGGAGAAGGAUGAGCCAUGUGUGGUAUGUGGAGACAAGGCCACCGGCUACCAUUACCGCUGCAUCACAUGUGAGGGCUGCAAGGGUUUCUUCAGGCGAACUAUCCAGAAGAACCUUCACCCGGCUUACUCCUGUAAGUACGAUGGCUGCUGCAUCAUCGACAAGAUCACAAGGAACCAGUGCCAACUGUGUCGCUUCAGGAAGUGCAUCGCAGUUGGCAUGGCUAUGGACCUGGUGCUGGACGACUCUAAGCGGGUAGCCAAGCGUCGUCUGAUUGAGGAGAACCGGGAGAAGAGGAAGAAGGGCGAGAUCGUGAAGACUCUACAGACACGUCCGGAGCCCGACAGCUCGGAGUGGGAGCUGAUCCGCCAUGUGACAGAGGCCCACCACCACACCAACGCGCAGGGCUCUCACUGGAAACAGAAACGCAAGUUCCUGCCUGAGGACAUAGGUCAGUCCGCCGGGGCUCCCACCCCAGACGGAGACAAGGUAGACCUGGAGGCCUUCAGCGAGUUCACCAAGAUCAUCACCCCCGCCAUCACACGCGUCGUCGACUUUGCCAAAAAACUAACCAUGUUCUCAGAGCUGCCUUGUGAAGACCAGAUCAUCCUAUUGAAAGGUUGCUGUAUGGAGAUCAUGUCGCUUCGUGCCGCCGUGCGCUACGACCCAGAGAGCGAGACGCUUACCCUGAGCGGCGAGAUGGCGGUGAAGAGGGAGCAGCUGAAGAAUGGCGGGCUGGGCGUGGUGUCGGACGCCAUCUUUGAUUUGGGCAAGAGUCUGGCGCAGUUUAACCUGGACGACUCGGAGGUGGCCCUGCUGCAGGCUGUGCUCCUCAUGAGCUCAGAUCGCUCUGGCCUGACAUCGGUAGAUAAGAUCGAGAAGUGCCAGGAGACGUACCUGCUUGCCUUCGAGCACUACAUCAACCACCGCAAGCACAACAUUCCCCACUUCUGGCCCAAGCUGCUGAUGAAGGUGACGGACCUGAGGAUGAUCGGGGCGUGCCACGCCAGCCGCUUCCUCCACAUGAAGGUGGAGUGUCCCAACGAACUCUUCCCUCCGCUCUUCCUGGAGGUCUUCGAGGACCAGGAAGUAUGAACUGACCCCUGACUUUUGACCUGGAAGAGAUAGAGGGAGAGAGGGGGGAAUUAUGAGGGGGAAAGAAAAGGAGUAACAAUUGGCCUCUUUCCUCAUUUUGUGAAACACAAUAUCACCACCAGCAACACGGAUAGUCACAGAGAAAAACAAAAAGGCUUUCUUUUGCAUAGCCGUUUUGAUGAUUUGCACUUGGGGCUCUUGUGGCUGCUGGGCCCCACUUUGAGUUGGGGGGUGGGGCCCCCCUCUAAAGUGGGGUUCUCUGGCUGUGGGGCCUCUCUCUGAGUUGGGGUUCUCUGG